AUGGGCUCUGAUGAAGGACAUUUCGGAAGCUUGACACUUCCGUUGUUCGGCGUUCUUACAUGCGUUGGCGCCUACUUCAUAAGACGCUUCCUGAAAGGAGCUCAGUUUACGGAACAUGCAAAAGCGAAGGGCAAAAUUGUGUUUAUCACUGGAGCAAGUGCUGGAAUUGGGAAGCAGACAGCCAGGGAGCUGAAUCUCCGGGGGGCUACCGUUUACAUGCUUUGCAGAAAUCGGGAGCGCGCUCAGAAUGCCAAGAUUGAGCUCACCAGGCUUGGUUGCGACCCAACAAGAUUACUGGUAAAAGAUGUAGAUCUGGCUAAUUUUGCAACAAUCCGGAAGUUUGCCGAUGAUGUUAGAGCAGAAGUUGAUCAAGUAGACAUACUUGUCAAUAAUGCAGGAAUAAUGUUUUACCCGAAGUUUGAGCUUACCAAAGAUGGGCAUGAAAUGACAUGGCAGACUAAUUACCUUGGACAUUUCUUGCUUACGGAACUGUUACUUCCACUGCUCAAGAAAUCACCAAAUGCGCGAAUUAUCAAUGUUUCCAGUUCACUACAUAAACGAGCCGAUAAUGUUGAUGCUUCUGUUGUCGAUAACAAAGCGUAUUUCAAUCGUUCACAGCCCUAUAGUCGUUCAAAAUUGGCACAAAUCAUGCAUGCUCGUGAGUUAACCAGACGCUUGCGACUUGCUGAUCCGGAAGGUACUGUAACAAUCAAUGUUGUACAUCCGGGUGUUUGUUUCACGGAACUUAUGCGCUACACCAUCUUCAACAGUGCACCGAUUCGAUUUUUCAUCACGCCGAUUCUAUGGAUGGUGCACAAACGACGUUAUACGUAG